AUGGCGUCUCGUCGUGUGUCCUUGCUGCUGGGCGUACUGCUAGCCUACUCCGCCGCCUUCGCCGUGUCGGCGGCCAACUUCAACCAGGAGUUCGACAUCACGUGGGGCGACGGGCGGGGGAACAUCCUGGACAAUGGCCAGCUCCUGACUCUCACGCUGGACCGGACCUCCGGGUCCGGGUUCCAGUCCAGGCACGAGUACCUGUUCGGCAAGAUCGACAUGCAGCUGAAGCUGGUGCCGGGGAACUCCGCGGGCACCGUCACCGCCUACUACCUGUCGUCGCAGGGCAGCACGCACGACGAGAUCGACUUCGAGUUCCUCGGCAACGUCUCCGGCGAGCCGUACACGCUGCACACCAACGUGUUCACCCAGGGCCAGGGGCAGAGGGAGCAGCAGUUCCGCCUCUGGUUCGACCCCACCAACGACUUCCAUACCUACUCCAUCCUCUGGAACCCCAAACACAUCAUCUUCAUGGUGGACGACAUGCCGAUCAGGGACUUCCAGAACCUGGAGAGCAAGGGGGUGGCGUUCCCCAAGAACCAGCCGAUGCGGCUCUACUCCAGCCUGUGGAACGCCGACGACUGGGCCACGCAGGGCGGCCGCGUCAAGACGGACUGGUCCCACGCCCCGUUCUCCUCCUCCUACCGGGGAUUCAGGGCCGACGCCUGCGUCGCCGUCGCGGGCGGCAAGACGCGCUGCGGCGCCGCCGCCGUCGGCACCGAGGGCGCGGCGGCCGGAGCCGCCGGCGCGGCCGCCGGGGACUGGUACAACCAGGAGCUGGACCUCACGCUGCAGCAGCGGAUGCGGUGGGUGCAGCGCAAGUACAUGAUCUACAACUACUGCACCGACCCCAAGCGCUACCCGCAGGGCCUCCCCGCCGAGUGCUCCAUGCAGUAG